CAAACCCUGUCAGUUAACACAGCUGUGAGCCAAAACAGAGUAUUAUCAUAAUGUGUUAUUUUCAACCCUUAGUUACUUCUGCAGCCUCUAUCAGGCUGGUCUGGCAACUACAAAGGACUUGGGAGGGGGUAAAAGUCUACUUUUCCCAUUUUACUUUCCUAUAGAUGCAAUAUUACAAUGCUGUUUUACAUUUUAAAAGCAGGACUAACAGCUAUUAUUUUGCUCAGUGUUGGCUGGAUUUUCUGGUUCCAUAGACACUUUAAUGGUACUAUAAAUUGUCUGGUAAAGGAGUUGUUAGAGAUGGCGUCUGGAGUAUUUGUCCCUUACUGAUGUGUAAAUUGGUUUGUACUGCUGGUGUGUGUUUCUAAAGAUGAAUGCUUUGUAGUGUGAUGAUAAUAAUAAUAAUUAGCAUAGGAUAUAGCAAUGUGUUAAUUGUGAAUUAAAAUCCAAAACAGAGAUGACUAUGCAGAUCAGUUCUUUCCUCCUGCUCUCUGUUUCUCCGACCAGCAUUCAGAGCAUCAGGCUCCCAGGGACAUUUCUCUGGACAAGGGAACUUUCUGAGUCUGCUUCUCUGUUCUUGCACUGCUAAAAACAACAGUCUUUCCCAAGUGCAUUUCCUCAGGUGCCUUUUGCACUGAUGCUGACAGGAAGUACAAAACUGCUGCACUCCUGGAGAAUCCUACUUGUUAUCCCAGAUGCAUGCUAAUUCAGCUUUAGUUCCUGAAUGGAUCAAAAGGGAAGGCCAAUAUAGUGGCAGAUGGAGGAAGGACACAACACCAACAGGUUCCAGAAGCCUAUCGAUGAUGGCAGGAGAAGAUAUGGGACAGAAUGAAAUGCUAGAUGUUAUCCUUAUCACAGCUGUCUUGUGUGGCAGCAUAAUGUAAUUAUUAAAGUAAAUGUUCCUUCCAUUCAUGCAAUGAAGUUGUAAGACUGUGAGCAAGUCAAGAAACUGCUGGUGUGUCUCAGCUUACCCGUUUGUGAUACAGAGGCAAAAGACUACUUCAACUCACCAAACAAGGAUGUGGGCUUAUACCGUUGGUUUUACUAUCCUGCCUCAUGUUGGAGGACUCUUUGGCUGGUUCAUUAAUCGCAAAGGAGUGCCUGUUUGGUACGAGAAGCUAAAGAAACCUUCCUGGUGUCCAUCCCGCAAAAUAUUCCCUAUUGCUUGGACUGUCCUGUACACUGGCAUGGGCUACGCCUCUUACCUGAUCUGGAAUGACCUGGGCGGCUGCAACAGCAAAGCCAUCAUCCCACUUGGCCUCUAUGGGGCUCAGCUGGCCUUGAACUGGGCUUGGCCUCCCUUCUUCUUCGGUAUACGUAACUUAAAGAUGGCACUGAUUGACAUCCUGUGCUUAGAUGGUCUGGUGAUAGCCACGAUGUGCUCGUGGUACCCCAUUAACAAGAUAGCAACGCUGUUGAUGGUGCCUUACUUGGGCUGGCUGGCCAUGGCGACUUGUCUCACAAUCCGCAUUUGGAAGGACAACCCUGAGGAAAAACCAGGAAAGGCUGAAUAAGAGCUGGACAGAAAGGAAGGCAUUUUGUGAAAUUAAACAAAGCUGAUGUGAACCAAGAUCUAGUAAUUUGGAGGGAUUCACUUUAGGACAGGCAUCAGAGCAUGCCUCCUCCUCUCCCUUUCAUCAAGGUUGUGUGAAAGAAAAGUUUGCACCAUGCACCUGUGUGUUCCUUUAAGGUAACCAUGCAUCUUUAACCUGGGAACCUUUUCUUCCAGCACUGUAGAGGUUUUGGGGCUACAGCUGUAUGGUGACCUUAAUUGUACCAGGUCAAAUUCCAUCAGCCAAUUAGGAUCUCUUAUACCAGUAUAAUUCAGAGUAGCAAUACUGGAAUCAGUGAAACUGCUCUGAACUGCUACCAGUCCCCAAGAGAGCAGAACUUAUUCACACACAGGGUAGAUCCUAUCUCUUCUUCUGGGACCAAACAAAAAUGCCUUUCACUCAUGCAAACUAAUUUUAAAAAACUUACUUGGUUUUUUUUGCUAUUCUUGCUGUUGCUUCAUUUUCAUGUCUCAUAUGGUCUGCACUUUUUACCAUUACCUUUUUAUCUGACAGUUACUGAGCAAGCAGUAAUCUGUCUUGUUCUGCCAGUGAAAGGAGACUGGGCACUUUGACUUCUAUUUGUGGAGUAUCGCACUUCUUGAGUUUCAUGCUCCAGGAUAAAGCAACAAUGAUUAGAAUGCAAAUGCUUGUCCCAAGAGGAAACUUCUCUCUCCCACCUCUGUGCGCUAUUCCUCACCAGAAAAGAAGAACUAACAUCAGCGUCUUUGAAAAAAUACUUAAAAUAUUUUUUAAGUACUGAAACAUAGGAGCUUUUGUAAAACUAAAAGCUUGCUCACGUUGCCUUGAAGGUUGUAAUUACAUGAUUGCCAAAAGGUCCCACGCAAAGUCUGUCAGGUGCAGUACAGAUAUCUUACCCAGAGUCUUUCCAUCCCUAAAGAUUAAUCAGGCAAUUAGGAAUUAAUCAGGAAAGAUUAAACUAUACAUAGUAUUCAAGAGAAAUGUGACCCACCCAUGAUACAGAAUCAGACACAAAUGGUGAAUGGACUAGCUCUUGUCCAUCCUUUAUUCUGGCCCUUGCGUUUGCUAGAUCUGAGACUUAAAUGUUGUUGUCUAUGGGGGAAUAUUUACUAUUAUUUUUGUUAAUUGAUAGAAGCAAUGUAUGUGUAGAAAAGUGGUAAGUUUAUUUCUUCCUGGCAGCUGACUGUAGAUUAAGGUGGGUGGGUAAAGGAAUGGGUUUAUUUGGGAAGGGGGAGGGGGAGGAGGCUUAGCUGGGGAUGUAAAAAAAAAACUGUAUUUGCUUUUAAUACAACCAAGACAUUUUUGUUUGGAAAAUAAAUAAAACCAAGUUAUUCUUGCUUUA